UACCAUUCACCUUCACACUACUUGAAAUGCAUUCAUCAGUUGAAGGUCGUAUCACGCAUCAUCUGAAGGACCGAUCUACUCCGAGACCAUACAGCGCAGCCACACAGCACGUAUUUCUCACAGCUGCUGGUACCUUAACCCUAUCUCCAGCCCGUCUUGCGCUGUGGCUCUGUCAGGAUCGCAUUUAUGCUGCACACGCAUAUCCACGUUUCAUCGGUCUCCUCAUAUCUAAAAUUCCCUUCGACGGACCAGCUGUUGACGAGGAAUUGAACAGAGAGACUCUCGCGCUGCUGACUAUAUGCUUGCAGGGGGUUAUUCGCGAGGUUGCUUUCUUCGAAGGGGUCGCAAAGGAAUGGGGAUUGGAUAUUAAUGGGUGGAUAGAACGGAAAGCUACUCGAGACUACACAGCUGAGAUGGCAAGGGUAGCUGCUGUUGGCUCUUUGGAAGAGGGGCUCGUAUUUCUCUGGGCAAUGGAACAGGUAUACCUCGACGCAUGGAAGUAUGUGAAAUCCUUGUUCCCUCCUCGAAGCGAAUCAGAAGACAGUACUGCGAAUGCGAUCCGCCAAUUAACAAACAACUGGACGACACCGGAGUUCGAAGAGUUUGUCGAGAAGGUGGAGGAUCUAGCAAACAGACACUUUGCGAGACAUCACCAUGGGCCUUCAUACUCAGCUGUGCGUGCGAUGGAGAGUAUCUGGGCGAGGGUUGUGGAGCUCGAGGAGAUGUUUUGGCCCGAGGACGAAGAGGAUACUCGUUUGAGCUCGAGAGCCUUUUGAAGUCGGAUGUGUGGUUCGGAAGUAACUAACGGCGCAUAAGCUGCUUGAUUAGCAGUACAAACAAAUAAGACCAGUGUACUAUGUAUGUGGUCUGUCUGACCAAGAAACAUUUCUCAGCUCGGCCGUAUGGCAAGACGCCACGUACGACG